AUGAAGCCGACGAAGCGAUGGUUCCCCACCCCGCUGGUGGGAUGCCCGUUGUACCCGCCGUUGCCCACGCUAGCAGACCACGACCGGCAGCUUCAAGAGACGACGACGCGGGCGGCAGUGAUCCAGGGCAGGGAGACCAGGCGCCAAGUCGAUGUCCUAGCCCAGCACGCCGCCGCAGCCCAUCACAGGACGACUGAGCAGUUGGGCCAGGUGCAGCAGCAGCAAGAACGACUUGCUGCGCAGACGUCGGAGUACCUGCAAGCGCAUCACGACCGCCGGUCUGCGCUGCUGGAGCAGCGCUGA